AUGCAGCACCAGAAAGCACAAGUCAAAAAAAGAAAAGAAGCACCUACUGUGACUAGUGAGCAACAUGGCAAGCUGGUAACUCUGCAGCAGCACAUUGAGGUUCUUGAUUGGUAUCAUGCUAAUGGAAAAAAUCAAUCCAAGAUAGUAAAGCAUUUUAAUGCCAAAUAUCCACAUCUUAAAAUCAAACAGCUGCUUGUCAGUGCAUGGAUAAAGGCAGAAGACAAGUGGAGGGAGGAGCAUGAAAAGAGUGGGGUAAAUGGCCAUCAAGUGAAGUGCAUGCAUCAAACUCAGCAUCUAGAGAUAACUGAGAUGAUGGAUUUAUGGAUCACAAAGGCAAUGGCAGAUGCAUUUGCAAAUUUGAAGAGGGUAUCAGAGAAUAAGAGACUAGAUGAAGAACAAGAGUGCAUCAAGGCAAUCCUAGCUAAAUAUGAGCUCUGUGAUAUUUAUAACAUGGAUGAAACAGGCUUGUUUUAUAGUAUGUCUUCUGACUGUGGUUUUGCCAACAAAAACCAUUCUGGUGUUAAGAAAAGCAAAGUUCACUUGACAUAUGCAUUCACUGUAAAUGCCAACAGCUCUGACAAAAAAGAGCCUUUCAUCUUUGAAAAAGCCCAUAAACCUCAUUCUUUUCAAAAGAAGUCAGACAUACAGCUGGGCUUCUACUACCAUAAUAAUGCAAAAGCCUAG